AUUUUUAAUAUUACUUUUUUUUUAAAAAAAGUUAAUUAUUAGGUAUCACUUAAAAUAAUGUUUACAACAAAACUUGGUUUAUGUAUAAUAGCCAUACAUUAUAUAGUGAUGGUAGUGGUAGGCGCCGACAGCCCGUCCAUUGAAUCGAAAAUAAUAGGCGGAAGUCAGGCACCUAUUUCACAAUUCCCGUAUCAGAUCCUAAUUAAGGUGCCGACCGGUGGUAAUACAUAUGAAUAUUGUGGCGGUGCACUGAUAUCGCCCUAUUGGGUACUGACUGCUGUUCAUUGUUUUUAUGGACGCACCCUAAACAAUGUGGAAGUAAUAGCUGGUCGUACUAGUUAUUCAUCGGGUGGCUAUGGACAGUAUGCUCAACAAGUGACCAUACAUGGAAACUAUGGCGGACUCGGUCUAAAAAUAGUCAACGAUAUAGCACUGGUACGAGUGGGUCAACCGUUUGCCUAUGGCCCUAAUGUUCAGCCUAUAGCCCUGUUUAAUGGCAAUGUAGCCGAUGGUACCUGGGCCUGGGUUACCGGUUGGGGAACUGUAUCGGCAACAUCGAAUCAAAUACCGGAUCAGCUACAAAAACUACAGGUCCGGACAAUCAGUUUGCAACAAUGCAAACAAAGUUACAACAAUCUACAACUGUCCUCCAAUAAUCUGUGCGCAACUAAUGGCCGAACCGGUACAUGCAGUGGUGAUUCUGGCGGUCCAGUGAUGGCCAAUGGGUGGCUAAUUGGUGUGGUAUCUGCCGGUCCCCGUCCAUGCGGUAACGGUAAUCCCGAUAUCUAUAUGAAUGUUGCCGCCUAUCGCCAAUGGAUAUUCAAUGUUGCCGGAGUAAAAUAAUAAUAAUUAAUAAUAUAACUAAUAAU